CAAUAUAUUAGCCGAACAGUGACAUUUAGAAUUGGGCCAAACUAAGUUCAUGAUAAGCCCAAUCCACAUUACGUUCUUAACGGGCUAAAGUCGGCGACGUAAGAAUUGUGGUGCACGCUUUGGUGCAGAGAGCGAUAGAUAUAGAAGCGAGUGAGAGAAGAACAAAAAGGGGAAAUAUUACGUUCGAAAAGUCGACUUGCAAACCCUAUCGAUCGAAAAAGGGGAGAAAAAGGAUCGAAUAGCAAAAACCCUAACAAUUCACCAGAGGCGCUGUUUUUUGCCCAAGCUUUUUCUUCAAAUCGAUUUAGCAGUAACGGUGGGAACAAGUAUUUGAAAUGUCUCCAUCAAGAUCAAAAGCCAAGGAUAAAAGAGCUUCCGGAAAAGAGCCACUGAAACCUUCUGCAAAACCCACCACCGCUGGUGCUGGCGGCUACAAUCCACUUCUGGGGACCUUCCAUACACUUGAAACCACCCCAGUUUCUACUGUGCCGCCUGUUAAUGGCCGUUUCCGGGAUAUUGAUGACACCGAUGACCCUAGCGGCAACGCGGUGGGCAUAGGGGUGGACUACGAUUGUCUUUCCAACAAUGGCAGCUGGUCCGGCGAGUCAGAAGAUCCAAAAGACAAAUCUUCUCAGGGCACCGCCUCCCGCCAGGAGGCGGCGGCAGUUUCCGGUGUUGAUAGUGAGAAACGGGAAAAAAUCCGGCAGAAAAAUGAGAAGAAACAUCAACGACAAAAAGAAAGACGAGCUCAAGAACUCCAUGAUCGAUGCUGUGGAUAUCUAAUGUCAAGAAAACUAGAAGCACUUGCUCAAAAGCUUGUUGCAAUGGGGUUUACUUCAGAACGUGCAACAAUGGCUUUGAUUAUGAAUGAAGGAAGAGUAGAGGAGUCAGUGGCGUGGUUGUUUGAAGGCAGUGAAGAUUCCGGCCACCACAACCUUGAUACUGGUGGUGGUAACUUGAAGGUUGACAUAUCACAGGAGCUUGCUCAAAUUUCUGAAAUGGAAAUCAAAUUCAAAUGCUCAAAACAAGAAGUUGAACGAGCUGUUGUGGCAUGUGAGGGUGACCUUCAACGGGCGGCUGAAAACUUGAUAAAACUCCAGAAACAAGAAUCUCAACCUCCACCACUAAAGUCCACCGAACCUCCGGCGGUUGUUGUUGGCGGUGGCGGUGGUGGUGGUAAACAGUCACUACCCACUCCUCCGAAGGUACAACCGAAACGAACUUUAUCUUCAGGAGCUUUGCCUAUACAGAAACUGGACGACAACUACCCAUCCAUGGCUGCUCCGGCAGGGCGGCUGUUGGCGGAAUCCGGCACCAAAAACAUUCAGUUGCUGAAAAAAGCUCAGCCACAGCCCCAGCCCAUCUCCGACUGGGUAAAACCACAACAACCCAUUUCCGCUCCGGAAAAAAGAUGGUCGGUAAAUGGGCUGAGCAUGAGCCCUUCCGCUUCCUUUACAAUGGCGGCACCACCACCACCACCAGCAGCUUCAAAAAGUGAAAUUCUUGGAAAUGAGUUUAAAGGUUUACAGCUGGGAUCUGUUGUAAUGAUGCAACGACCCCAAUCAAAGCAGAUACCAUUACCAACCACAAGUAUGAGUUCAUCUUUAUCUCAAUCUCCAUCUCCAUCUCCAUCUCCAUCAUCUUCUUCAUCUCAUUUUUCUGAUUGGAAUCCUCCUCAUAUGCCAACCCCAACCACCACAAGAAGCUUUAAUAACACCACAACCUAUGGCAAUGGCAACCAGUUUCAUUAUCAGCACCGCCAACAACCGCUGCCACAGCACUAUGUGCCGACUCCUACUCUGGCGGCUGCUUCUUCUCUAGGGCUGUUUUCCGGUCUGGGCUCAGGCGGAGCUCCAGGCGGCACGACGGGGGCGGGGGCGGCUCAUGUAGAUUGGAAUGGUGACUGGUCCUCGCAGUUUGAUUACACAAAUAUUGACUGGAGUUUGAAUCGGAUCCCAUCACCGAGCUCGUUGAGACCAAACGGGAUGUGGAUGGGUGGUUCUGGGAGUAAAAUGGCGGUGAGACCGGUGGCAGCUAAUGGGUUGCUGCACCACCACACUGACGGGGUUGGGGUGGUUGGUGGUGGUUCGGAGGCGGUGGGUGGCGGUUCUCGGGAAUGGUCGUCUCCGUUUGAGGAGAAGGAUUUGUUUAGUUUACCCAGAAAGUUUGUUUCUUCCCCCACUCUGUAGUGGGAGAGGGGAGUUUGAAAAAAGAAUAAGAUAAAAAGAAAAAAAGGGUAUGAAAGAUCUAAAGGAAAAAACAUGACUUGAAAAUAUGUGGUGUUGAUUGUUGUUUUUCUCAAUCAUGAUGUCUCCCUAUUGCUUA